UUUUUUGAUUUCUCUUUUUCUUCUCUUUCUUUUUCUUCUUCCUCUCCUCCGUUUUUGGGUGUUCCUUCCUUUUCUUUCUCAUUUCCUUUCUUUUUGCUCUAUUCCUUUUACUCUUUUUCCUUUUUUCUUACUCUUCCCCUCUCUUUCCUCUCUUCUUUCUCUACACUUCUUAAUAUUCCUUUGAUUUUUCUUACUUUUCCCCUCUCUUUCAUGUUUUCUUCUCCUUUGAUUUUUCUAUUUUUUACAAUCUUUUUUAUUCCACUCUCCAUUUUUAUUUUUGCUCCAUGAUAUGUUAUAAAUUUUUUUAAAGUUUUAUAAUGUUUUUAAUAUUGCAUGGCGUCAGAUCUCAAAAGCUUGCGAUCCUUGAAAUUAAUGGGAUAUAAGAUGAAGAAGUUGCCGAUUUCACUUGGCAAAUUGAAGCAUUUAAAGUACCUUGAUAUCUCAAGCACUAAAGUAAGUGUACUACCAAAAUCCUUCUCCAAGCUCUAUCAUUUGCAGACUUCAAAUUUUGGCUAUUGUUGCAUUUCGCUUCCCAGUGGCACGGCAAAUCUCAUCAGCUUGAGGCAUGUCUAUUCUGUGCAUCCACGUGAUAUAUCUAUCAUGCAGUUAACUUCCCUUCGAACAUUAACAGACUUUGUUGUGGGCACAAAAAAGGGAAGCCAGAUUGAAGACCUUGGAUGCUUGAGCCAACUUAGAGGAAAACUAAUGAUUUUCAAGCUUCAACAUGUAAGAUCCAAAUUAGAAGCCUCUAAAGCAAACCUGAAAGAAAAGACAAAAUUGCAUCAAUUGGCAUUAUACUGGAGUAGAAGGCAUGUAGGAGCAGUCAACAACAACAACGAUGAAGAGAGGUUCCCAUCUUGGAUGGGCAAUGAUGUCAAUAGUUCUGGUUCUUCAUUCCUUCUCUACAACAUGGUGGAGUUGCUAUUAAUUAAUUGCAAUGAGUGCACAUGUACUCUGAGUUUUGGAUUAUUGCCUAGUCUCAAGGUUCUUUACAUUGAAAGAAUGGAAAAUGUUAGAAGAAUGGUUCACAAGCUUCAGCCCGGUGGAGCAGAAUCGAUCCGAUUGUUCCUAGCUUUGAAAACACUUACCGUGUGUCACAUGAAGAGGCUAGAGGAAUGGGUUGAAGUUGUUGAGGAUGCAACUACAGGGGGCCAAGGUGUGGUCGUGUUUCCUUGCCUUAAGAAGUUGCUGAUUUAUGAAUGUCCUUUGUUGAAGACUUGGUCGAUGGGUGGAUUUUCAUCUCAUCACAAGCGCUCGGAGCGGUUGGGAAUUGACAGUUGCACUAAUUUAAUUUCCAAUCCAGAAGACAUCGGGAAAUUGCAUUCUCUUAAUGUUCUUAGUAUUAUGGAUUGCAAAAAUCUAAGGAGCAUUCCAGGGGAGUGGCUAGCUAGCCUCACCUGCCUGAAGAGGUUACACCUUGGUCCUUUCUGGUCAGAGUUGGAGGAUUUUCCUGGACUAACUUCCCUUCAUCAACUCCAUGCCUCCCUUGAAGAAUUGGCAUUGUAUGGAUGGGAUAAACUAGAGUCUCUGCCACAUCAGCUUCAACAUCUCACUACCCUCAAGGAAUUAAAGUUAUGGGACUUCAAUGGCCCGGAAGCUUUGCCGGAGUGGUUGGGAGACCUCUCUUGUCUUCACAGGCUGCAUAUUCGGAAUUGCUCUAAUUUGACUCAUCUGCCACAUCAGCUUCGACAUCUCAUUGCCCUCAAGGAGUUGUGCUUAUCGGACCUCAAUGGCCUGGACGCUUUGCCAGAGUGGUUGGGAUACCUCUCUUCUCUUUACAGGCUGGAGAUUGGGAAUUGCUCUAAUUUGACUCAUUUGCCUUCUAUUGAAGCCAUGCGACGCCUCUUCAACUUACAACAUCUUGGCAUUUGGGGUAGUCCCAAAUUGAAGAAAAGAUGCGCCAAAAAGAGGGGCCCCGAAUGGUCCAAGAUCUCCCACAUUCUAAAACUUGGGAAGUUUGGUUUUGAAGAUGAACAGUGGAUCCCGACACGGACAUUUCCAAUUGUUGAAGAAAUGGGAAAAGCAAAGUGGACUCCUCCAACUUUGGACAUGCUGACAUGUUAGUCCCUGAUAGGAUAGUGUUACACUAUUCUUGUAUCCAAAAGCUCCCUAUUUAAUCUCUUGUUUAAAAUUUGAAAAGAGUGCAGAUUGGUUAGAGCGUGAAAAACAGAGGGAAAGCAGUGCAGAAAAAACAGAGUGAGGUUGAGAGAAAAUCUCCCUUGUUGGUGUUAGAACUUUGAGAGAUUCGGAUUAUGAUCCGAAAGUUGUAAUCCAUUUUCAGUAGUGGAUUGAUUUUUCAUCUGGAGGGAAAGCAGUGCAGAAAAAACAGAGUGAGGUUGAGAGAAAAUCUCCCUUGUUGGUGUUAGAACUUUGAGAGAUUCGGAUUAUGAUCCGAAAGUUGUAAUCCAUUUUCAGUAGUGGAUUGAUUUUUCAUCUGGAUGUAAUUGAUGGAAAUGAAUAAAAAGGCCAACCAUCAGCAUCUAGGAAUCAAUGAUAUUGAACAGAUUGAGAUCUUUUGUUUCAUGGAUUUAUCAAACAAUGGCUUAAUCAGAGAAGUGCAAAACUUCUGUCUCAGAUAGUCUUAUUGAAGAAAAUGUAAGUGCCAAGUGCAUUUUGAAUGGUUCAUCUUCAAGCAUAUGUGUUUCAUUAUCCGAACCUGUACCUAUUUCAUUCUCAUUUGUUUUCAAUUUUCUUGUUGUAUAACUUGUUUUCUCUCUUUCUUUGUGCUGUUAUUUGAUUGUUUGAAGAUGAUUUUGUAACAAUAAAUUGAUAUGGUGGAG